CGAAUAAAUAAAGAUACGAAACGGGGAGGAAGAUCGGUCGUAAAUUUGAAUUUCAAACGCGAAUAACUUAAUCCUCCUCCGUGUCAACUACAUAAUUAGAGGAGAAAAUUUUUGAUUUCGGUAGCGCCAUGUCUUCGUUAUCUCCUACCAAUAAGAAGUACACGACUCGUUCGCCAGAGCGCCUCGAGGACUCGGUCUCGUGUCGGCAGACGGAUGUCGUGCUUUCGGCUGUCAAUCAUUCCGCCGCUUCGUCCUCCACCAUCACCACUUCACCUCUGAUCAAUCAUUUCAAUAACGCAUAUUCCAUUCCGAUGACACACGAAUCGAAUUCAAUGCUCCAUCGAUAGAAGGCAAAGAUAACUUUUCCACGAUACUAGCUCGUUGAUUAAACAAAUAUUCGUGUGUUUGAAGCACUCGACGAACGAAACGAAGAAAUAAAAUUGCACGUGGUCUGAGAUUCUUUGCGGUGGAGUUUCUUCGUAACAAACACAUGUCAGUGACUCCAUGCGACGACUCUCGAUAUGGGACUCGAUACAAGAGGCGCACCUUCUUUCUUGUCAAUUAAUCCCGAGGUUAAAAUUAGGAACGUUGGAUAAUUGGUGAAGGGGCCAUAACGAGCUUGAAAAAUUGGCGCUGCUCAUCGUUUAAUUGAACGUCGUUCGCCUUUAUUUCUACCAGUGAACGAGCGUGGCGAACGACAGUCGUGUGCUCGAAUUCGAUUCGAAACAAACCCACUUAUCGCAAUAUCGAGCAUCAUCAUCAACGGACGAAAUUCCUAGAAUCGGUAUCUCGAGAAGAAAAUCCGAGGAGGAAAAAAAAAUAAGCGGUAACGGUGCGAGGACGACCGCAAAUUUUGUAAAAAAUAAAUCAACGCAUUCUCGAACGGACAGUACAAUCCGCUUCGGUCGGUUCGCUUCGUUCUGCCCACAGUUCCACUCACGGUUAUCCAGUUCUCCGUGAGCAUUAGAACAGUACAGUUCAUAUCUUCACGCGAUUCCAUUACUUUCAACUCUGCUGCCAGCAAUUCGUCUCGAUUGAGAUCGAACGAAUCCUCGCGUUGAUAUCAACGAAAUUAGUGAGUUUAAAGUGCGUGUACCUUUCUGACAACGUUGACAAUUGGAAGAAAGAAGUAAUAAGUAAUUAAAAUAAGAAAGGAAACUAUCAUGUCCAUUAGGCUAGAAUCGACAAAAGCGAUCUGAAAAAAAUCUGAAACCCAAGUGCAAGAAAGAAUCGUGGAAGAAAGAAUUUUUCCAAGAUCGAAGAAUGGCGAGCGUGGACAACAACUUGGAGGAAUUGAUGAGCCAUCUGGGGGAAUUCGGUAAAUACCAAUUCUGGCAAUUCUCUCUGCACAUUCUGGGCGCGUUGACGGCCGGCCUGCACAUGCUCACGUUGUUGACUGUGGCCGCUGUGCCACCCCACAAGUGCAACGUGCCCGAGACCGACACCCUCGUCGCCGAUCCUAACAAUCUCACGACAAUCUACUCGAACUCGACUGUGGAGAUUCUCCCCCGUGCAGUGGACGCUUGUUACUACUUGGACGCGAGCAACGAGAUGAAGGAAUGCGACUCGUGGACGUACGACACCCAAUACUUCCAAUCGUCCCGCGGCAUGGAGUGGAACUUCGUCUGCUCGCGAAGAUGGAUGGGCGCGUUGGCCCAAUCCUCGUACAUGUUCGGCGUGUUCAUCGGCGCUGUUACGUUGGGCAGCCUCGCGGACAAGUACGGUCGAAAGAUAAUAUUCUACGUGUCGGCGAUCGCCCAACUCGUUCUCGGCGUGUCGGUCGCGUUCGUCAACAAUUACCACCUGUUCCUCGCGUUCAGAUUCUUGUACGGGAUCUUCGGGUCGGCGGGCGCCUACAUAACGGGCUUCGUGCUCAGCAUGGAGCUGGUCGGCGCCACGAAGAGGACCGUUUGCGGGAUAAUGUUCCAACUGACUUUCGCCGUCGGUUUCAUGCUGGUCGCGAUUUGGGGCGCGGUGAUCAAGGAUCGCGUGUGGCUGCAGAUCGUUUACGGCCUCCACAGCGCCCUGCUGGUCGGCCACUGGUGGCUGAUGGACGAGUCGCCGAGGUGGUUGUGGGCCCAGGGCCGCGUCACCGAGGCGCUCGCCAUCGUGCAGAAGGGUCUGCGGAUGAACGGGACCGACGUCGACAUAGACGCGGCGAAAUUGAUCGGGGAGGGCAAGAUUCGAGGGCGAGCGGAUCGAAGGGAGCGAUCUUACGGCGCGUUGGACCUGUUCAAGACGCCGAAUCUGCGCAAGAAGACGUUGAACGUUUGCCUGAAUUGGUUCGCCAACUCGAUCGUCUAUUACGGGCUGUCAUUGAACGCGGGCAACCUGGUCGGCAAUCCCUUCCUCAUGCUGUUCCUCAGCGGCCUGGUCGAGAUGCCCACCUACGUGAUGAUCUGUUUCCUGAUGGAUCGGGUGGGGAGAAGGUGCAUGAUCACCUCGUUCAUGUUGAUCGGAGGCGUGUGCUGCGUAACAGCGUCCGUGAUACCAGCGGGCGGAUCCGAUUUGACGAGGACGGCGAUCGUCGGGAUCGUUCUGUUCGGCAAGUCGAACAUAUCGGGCUCGUUCGCCGUUAUUUACAAUUACACUGCCGAGCUGUUCCCCACCGUGGUGAGGAACACCGGUUUGGGGAUAGGAUCGAUGUGCGCCCGUCUCAGCGGCACCUUGACACCCGCCAUCAUGCUGCUCGACUCGUUGGAUCCCAAAGUGCCCGCCAUUCUCUUCGGUUUCAUCGCCCUUGUUUCCGGCUUCCUGUCCAUGUACCUGCCCGAGACCGCGAACCAACCGAUGCCCGAGACCAUAGAGGACGGGGAGAAUUUCGGGAGGGACGACACCUGCUUCGCCACGUGCCUCGGCUCGGAUAAAAAAGGCAGGUCUGCUUACGAGGUUAAGUUGAAUCAAUUGGCGGAGAAGGACGAGAAGGAGAGGUUGAAUCAGGGUGAAAACGCUAGGGAGUAUUCCUCUUGAGAUGUAACUUGUAAAUGUGGCGGGGAAAAGGAAAAUGUAAAAUGUCGAAUGUUGCAGAAUUUUUUUUUUCUUUUCUUUUUUUUCAUUAUCUUUCUUCCUCUUUUUAUUAUCAUUCGUGAAAAAGGUUUUCAUGGCUCUUGUCCAUGAAUUUCUAGAUUUUUCGUAAUUGCAACUGAGGAGAAAUCCAACGUUGCGAAACGAUGCCAUUAUUUAACUUGGGCGUUUUUAUUUUGCUUUGAGUAAGGAAGUAGUUCGAUUUGUUGAUUGACGAUAAUUUGAAAUGUUUUUCUUUUAAUUAUUUUGUUACAGAAAAAUUCCGCAGCGUUAAUACGGCCACUGUUUGACGUGAAAAUGUUUUGUCGUUAUGUACUGUGUGCAAUUUUGAAAAAAGAAAAAAAAGAAAAAAAAUU